AUGGUAGAACAUGGGGAUAUCCGCGUGGUUCACCGAGGUGGCAGUAAAAUAAACUUUCGGGAGCCUGUCAUAACCAAUGAUUCAAGGUUCCUACUGUGCGCCUCAGGAGAGUGUGUCAAGGUGUUCAGCACAUCCACAGAGGAGUGUGUUCACGACCUACGGGGACACACCGACCUGGUGACAGGUGUGCUGCUCAAACCCUCCAACCAUCUGCAGGUUUACUCUUGCUCAGCAGAUGGCACUGUCAGACUUUGGGACUUCACAGAUGGCAUCCUUAUUAAGACUUACGUCAUUGGAUACCCGGUAUACUCCAUCCAUGCAUCUGCAAACCAUGAAGGAGUCAUCUUUAUCGUUACUCCCAUGCUAAGUGACAAAAGAUCUGAGUUGUUCCAGCUGGUUGCAGUACGUCUUCCACAGAGUGGAGAUCAGCUGGUGGAGGCCCGAGAGCUUUCUGCUGUGCUCAGUGAUGUCAGCUCCAAUCCAGCAGCCACUGCCUUCGGCAGAGGGGGGGAAUAUAUUGCCUCAGCUAAAGGUUUGCAACUGGAGGUGUACUUCUUCAAGAAGCAGAAGUCAUACAGGUUUUCCCUCAAAGAAGACAACAAGAAGGGAGGCAAGAACACAUUCACGUGUGUCGCCUGUCACCCAAAAGAUGACUGCAUUGCUACUGGGCAUGAAGACGGCAAGAUUCGCCUGUGGAGAAACUUCAACCACAAGAAGGAGUACACAUACUCGACCCUGCAUUGGCACCACAGUGCUGUUAGCUCACUGUGCUUUACCCCAGAAGGCACUAACCUGUUGAGUGGAGGCAUGGAGUCGGUGCUUGUCCAGUGGCGAUACAACCAAGAGAGCCAGCGGGACUUCCUGCCCCGCCUGGGUUCUGCCAUCACACACAUCGCUGUCUCACCUGAUGGAGCACUGUUCUGUACUUCACACAGUGACAACAAGAUCACAAUAAUCCAGAGCUGUGUUAAAGUGUCAGCUGUCAUUCAGGGCCUGGUCAAAGGAGAAAGUGUCAGGACAGACCUAAUGAUGGACCCACGCAGCAAGUCCUUGGUGCUGAAUGGGAGACCCGGCCACCUGCAGUUUUACUCCCUCCAAAGAGACAAACUGCUGUACAAUCUGGAUAUAGUGCAGCAGGAGUACAUUCAUGAGUCGGGCCUGGAGCAGUUUGAGGUGGUCAAAAUGGCCUUUGAUGCCUCUGGCAACUGGCUGGCAACAGUCGAAGAAAGAAAACAGAAGGUCACUGAGCUGGAGCUGAACUUGAAACUGUGGGCAUUUGAUGAACAAACACAGAGUUUUGUGCUGAACACAACUAUCUCGGCCCCCCAUGAGGCGCGGAUUACAGCCAUGUGCUUUUGCCACGCCAUCGACAGCCAGACCACCAUGCUGGUCUCCACCAGCAAGGACGGACACUUCAAAGCCUGGCAGCUGGCUGCACCAGCCCACACAGAGGUAGAUGAAGGUCCUUCCUGGUCCUGUGAUUUCGUCGGAGCCUAUCACUGCCUGGCGCCUGAGUGCUGCUGUUUCUCAGCCGAUGGCUCCCUGCUGGCCGUCAGCUUUCAGGAGGUAGUGACUGUGUGGAGCCCAGCUUCCUGGGAGCUCCUGACAACUCUGUCACAGCCGCCAAAAGCCAUCAGGAAUCUUUGUUUUGGGCGACUAAGCUGUUCCAAGUAUCUCCUGGGUACUACCGCCAACAACUUGCUCUGCUGCUGGAACCUCCUCACCUGCUCAUUGGAGUGGAGCACCUCAAUGGACAUCAGCCUGCUGUUGGCUGACCCCCUCACUGAGAACAUGGCUGCCUUCUGCUGUCAGGCUGGAUGCACCGACUUGUUCGUGUUUAAGCCCAGUGAGCCUCGGCCACUGUUUUCCCACAAGGCCGUGUGCUCGGAGAAGGUGACUCACGCUGUUUUUGCCCCGAGGGAGGAGAUGCUGGAGAGCUGUGAAGAGAGCAGCCAAUGGCUCAACCGCUCCCAACUCUACUUCCUCACUCAGCACAUGGAUCUCAUGACAUUCACCACUAAGGCGGAGGAGGACAGACUGAUGGCAUCCAGCAAACAGCUUGUAAUCGAUGACAGUGUUGCCAUGACACCGUUCCACCUGUUGCUGGGGAAACACAGGCAACAGGAGAGUGAAGACAUGCUGAGCAGUCUGUCUGCUGAGAGAACACCUCUGCCACAGGGCUCUGCUGCUAUCAGAGAGCUUCUGCAGACCCCGGCUCAUGUCUUGCCCUCAACCUCUUUCCUCUGUUCAAUGUUUGUACAGUCUCUGCUCAUCUCCGUUACAGACACCAGGGAGAAAAAUAAACAUGCAGAGGAGGAAAUGGAGAGCGAGAAAGAGGAAGAGGAUUCAGAUGGCGAAAUGGAAUCCAGCGUUCAAGGACCAGAGCAGGCGUCUCUGGGAGGCCUGGCGACAGCCCCCGCUCUAACAAAAGCACAGGUUAGAGAACUGAGGAGGGUGAAGAAACUUGACCACAGCUGGCUUUCGGGCCUCCUGAACUCUUGAACAUGGCUCUUUACAGAGACACUCGCACAGAUACAGUGCCUAUAGAAAGUUUUUAACACAACAGUGUUUGUUGUUUUGUUUUAUGCCAUUAAGUCAGAAUGGAUUUCCUCUGGAAGAAAAAAAAACAAUGUCAAAGUGUGAAUAAAUCUCUAAGCAGUUACAAAACAGAAAUAUUUGAUUGCAUAAGUAUUCACUCUUUUUGCAGCAGUUACAGCCUUGAGUCAAUGUGGUUUGUAUCAGUUUCAACAUUUGAACAAAAAAAAUCUCCCCUAUUCCUCUUUCAAACUGCUGAAGCUCUGUUUGACUGGGAUAAUAUGUGAACUGCAGUUUAUAAGUCUUACCCCAAACUCUGGACUGCACUGAGAUCUGGAUUCUGAAUUGACACACCAGAAUAUUAACAUUAGUGUGUAGUCCCAUUGUGUAGUUUUGACUUAAUGUUUGUUGUUGUCUUGUCUGAAAAUAAAUCCUUUCCUAAGUCACAGUUCUCUUGCAGACUGCAGCAAGUUUUCCUCAAGGGUUUUUGUGUUUCACUGCAGUUCUGGGGCUGCUUACACUAAGUCUGCAACAUGCAAGCUUUCCCCAUUAUCUUCUUUUGACACUUUUUGGACUAUCACUUUAUUUGUGAUCCAUACAUAAGCAUGCAAGAGCUCCAUAUUUAUUAGCAAUUUGGAAUCUUUAGUGCUUGCAAAUAAAGUUUGUAAAAUGACUCCCUGUUACUCACUAA